AUGGCAGCUUCCGGGUUUACAUUGGAAGCUGUCAGAGAAUUUAUCGAACAACGGGGCAAUAAAGUCACAAAUCACGAACUCGUUACAAGAUUCAAGGCCGAUUUAAAUGAUCCACAAUUCAAGGGUAAAAAUCGAGAAAAUUUCAAGGAUUUUGUAAAUACUCUAGCAACUAUCAAAGUAGAUGAGAGAGGUGAAAAGGUUUUGGUGCUGAAGAAGAAAUUUCGAUCCGAUGCUAAGGAACAGGGUCAGAAGGUCAAUGACAACCAGGACCCACGAAAUGAUAUCCGUGCUCACUCUGAGCCUCCAGCAAACCCAGGGGGUUCAGAUCAAGUUGAUGGAGGUGGCAUGUCUAAAGUACGCAGUGAGACAAAUAUCACUUCAAGGGAGACAACUCCAGAAAUGUCCAUGACUAGUAGCGCCAGUAUGGGAACAAUAUCUGUAUCAUCAGCAGCAUCGUCCACGGUGUCCAGGGGUUCCCAGCAGUCCAUUGCCUCCAGUACAGACUUGGAUGAUGUCAAUGCCUCAAUCAUAAGUGUCAAGGACCGUGCCAAACAUUUGAAUCGCAUGGAGACAGAGUCUGAAUUACAACGAGUCAGCCAUCAUAAAAAGAAAGACAUAAGAUCACGUGAUCGAGAACGAGAUGUUGAUGAGGACUCCCACUCCUCAGGAUCUGCCUAUACUUUGUUGGAACCUCAUGAGCGUGAGUGGUUGGUAGUUUGUGCCUCCGGAGAUUAUCAUCCCAUGCACAAACUCCUCUCCAAGAAUCCUGACUUGGUGAGAGUGAGGGACUUCACAAAUACAGCUGUACAUUGGGCUGCUAAACAUGGUAACCCUGAGGUUCUGAAGCUUGUGUUGGGCAAGACAAACAUUGACAUCAACAAGAGAACGGAUACAGUCGAGUAA